AUGUUUACGCUAACUAUUCGUUUAUGUUCGCUUUUUCAGCUUGUUGUUCUCAGCACUACACUCGGUCCACCAAAAUUGGAUCCAGAAAAUGGUGGAGAGGUAUGGUUUCAGGUGAACUCGACCGGUGUUGCACGUGGUAAAUUUAUUCUUCCGUGCUAUGCUACUGGUAAUCCAGAAACAUAUGAAUGGUUUAAGAAUGGGAAAAGACUGGAAGUUGAUAAUAAUCGGAUUGUAUGGGAAAAGCAGUUCCAAAGCGGUACCAUAAUAAUCAAUGACGCUCAGGAUGGAGAUCAAGGUUACUAUCAGUGCCACGCUUCCAAUAUCUUUGGGACUGCUGUUUCCAACAAAUUUCAUGUGCAAAUUGGAGUGCUUGAUCAUUUUGCGCCCCGAGGUGUGCGUCGACUAAUAGUAGAUGAAGGAGGAAGCUUGAGUAUUCGAUGUGAUAUUCCUUUCGGGGUCCCCAAACCAUCUGUUUUCUGGCUCUAUCGCGAUGCACAACGAACAAAUGUCAUGGAAACAAUUCGACGUAAGCAUAUCGCUGUCGAUACAGAAGGCACUCUUCAUUUCACAGCGGUUGAAAAACAUGACGGUAGACAAAAUUUGAUUUAUCAAUGUGCAGCAACCUCUCCUGUAUUGCGUGGGGAAUAUCGUGCAGGCAACGAAUUUCAGCUUAUUGUCGAUUCAGCUAAAAAAAGCAAUGGAACAGUUAUACAUAAGCUGUGGUUUAGUCCAGAAGAAGUAUCUGUCAAAGUAGGAACCAAACUCAAACUGAUGUGCAUUUUCGGUGGAAGGCCUUUACCGAACAUAACGUGGAGUAAAUUAAACGGAGAAUUGCCGUUUACUCGGUUAAAAGAUUUUAAAUCACAAGAAGCUGACUUCGGUAAAGCUCUGAUCAUCGAAAACGUUCGUGCAGAAGAUGCCGGAAUAUACGAAUGUCGAUCACAGCAUCUAUUCCAUCAAAUGCAUGUCACUACCGCUGCAGCCCCAUUUUGGAUAGAUAAACCACCACAGGAUAUUGACGAACCAGAAGGAAAUGCCGGUGAAAUCCAUUGCGUAACAUCAGGCAUCCCAACACCUAUCGUUCAAUGGUUCAUCAAUGGCGUACCACUACACGAGCUGGCAGACAACGAUCGACGUAUGAUUUUAAAUAAUGGUCAGAUAUUACGAAUCGUAAAUCUGGAUCAUGAUAUUGAUACAGCCGUAUAUCAAUGCAAUGCAUCAAAUCCGUUUGGAUAUGUGUUUGGAAAUGCUUUCGUGAAUGUGCGCGCUUAUGCCCCAUAUUUCAAAAUGCCAAGUCACCGGGUUUGGAAUGUGGUACGUAAAUCAACCGUAGAAAUGUCGUGUGAUGUUGAUGCAGCACCGGAAGCAGUGGUCAAAUGGGUGGACGCUAAUGAUCAUCCCCUUGCUGUUGUUCUCGGGAAAAUCCAUAUUUUUCGCAAUCACACAUUACGCUUGUCGCAAGUAAAUUCGGCUGACGAAGGCCUUUACUAUUGCAAUGUAUCGAACAAGUACGGUAUCAAUCGAGCUGUCAAUCGACUACAAGUUUUCAGUCCAACACAUUUCAUUCGUGUACCAAGUCCAAAGAAGUUAAUUCUGGAAGCGCACGAGUCAGUGGAAUAUAUAUGUGAAGCAGUUUGUGAUCCUCGUCUUACGAUUGAAUAUUCCUGGACCCGUAAUGGCAUACCAAUUAAUGACUCUGUCCACUUCAAGUCAUUAAACAAUUCUCUAUUAAUCGUCGACGCUCGCGGCAUUCAUUCAGGAGUCAUUGAUUGUAUUGCUCUUACCAAUGUUGAUGUCAAGAUUUCAGGAGUUGAAUUAACUGUACUUGAUGUACCUGAUGCACCAAUAGUAACGGGAAUAAAUUGCAACGAACGAAGAGCGAUGCUAAGUUGGCGUCGACCAGUUGAUCACGGUGAUCAAAUCAAACAGUUUUUGGUUCAAAUGCAUACUGAAUUUGAAGAAGGGCUAUGGCAAACUGUUGUGGAGAAAGAAAAUACUGCUGCUGAUUUUUACCAAGUGGAUAUCGCACUUUCACCGUGGGUAAAUUAUACGUUUCGCGUGAUAGCUCGAAAUUCACGUGGUGAAAGUGAACCAGGCUUCAAGGAGGGGAUUGUGUGUUCAACGAAAGCUUACUAUCCAUUUACUAAUCCAAAGGAUGUUAGAGCCGAAGGCAGUGAGCCAAGCAAUAUAAUUAUCGAGUGGAAACCUAUGAAUAAAUAUGAUUGGAAUGGCCCAGGAUUACAGUAUAUCGUCCGUUAUAGACUUAAUGAACCUGGAGAAACGUGGACGGAAAUCCGAAUUGAAGAUCCUUUAGCUAACCAUACAGUUGUUCGGGAGCAGCCAACAUUCCGAGAAUAUUUGGUUCAAGUGGAAUCUUUGAAUAGUUUUGGUCCUGCAAUUGUAAAGCCAGCAAGUGUCAAAGGAUAUUCAGGAGAAGAUACACCAUUGUUGUCGCCGGUUGAUUUCAGCGUUUCUAAAUUCAUAAAUUGUACUGCUGUUCUUCUUAUGUGGAAACACGUGGAUCGAGAUACUGUACGCGGUCAUUUCAAGGGUUAUCUGAUUGAGUACUGGGAAAACGAAAAGCCAUUUGCUAUAAUGAAUGUUGGAGCUGAAAAACAUGAGAAUGAAACAAUUCUUUAUGGUUUAAACCCUAUAACAAACUAUACGGCACGUAUUAGAACAGCAAACAGUCGAUACCUAAGUGAAUCGCCGUCAACAGUCAAAUUUGCAACUCCUGAAGGAAUUCCAUCCAAAGUACACAAUAUGAGGGUGCGAGCAGUUGGAGCAAGAAGUUUAUAUGUUACAUGGGAACCACCGCGACAACCAAAUGGAUACGUCCGCGGCUAUUUCAUUACUUUUGAAAAUUCCUCAACAGGCACAAAAGAAGAAACAUUUGUACUAAAUCGACAACUUUAUUAUUUAAAUGAGGAAGGUGAGCCAGACACUGGCUAUAAGGUUUCUGUUUGGGCAGAAACGAAGGGUGGUGAAGGACCAAAAGUUGUGCGACCUGUACGAACUUGGCCGCUUCGAGAACCGGACAUACCAAAUUUUACCGUCGAAGCAAUUUCCCCUACAAUGGCUCGAGUUCAAUGGUUACUUUCGAAUGGCUCCGAAUGGGCUAUGCCGGGAUCUACUUUUCUUGUUAAUUAUUCCAUUGCAAAUAGUAAUGAUUGGAUAGAAAGUGAACAAAUAAGCUUACCUCAAACUGAGAUAUUGUUAAGCGAUCUAGAAGAAGACACACAAUAUAAAAUGAUCGGUGUUGCUAAGGAAGGUCAAAGGCAGCGAAUAUCAGAAGUAAUUACAAUACGAAGCCCAAGUCGAGCUACGAUCACGCACAUCUCUCAUGAAAGUCUGCAAAGUGCAGCUUGGUUCAUCGCAGUAUUGAGUGCAAUAAUGCUUGCAUUAUUCACCGCAGCAGUAAUGUGCUGCUCUGAACGACAACAAAAUACUAAAUGUUCCGUUAAACAAAAAGAGCUAGAACGAAGCCACCACAUCGAUGUCGAAGAGGAUCAGAAUUUUAUGGAAUAUGUUUAUGGAUUCAAAUGAUUAACAUAUAUAUCGCUUGCUCCAUCUAAUAGCAGUAAACCAUAUUUAUUUCACAUCAUUUCUCCCUAAUUCAUAUACUGCCCUUUGUUACAAUCCACACUCAACUAUGUAUGUCCAGC